AUGAGGCUGAAGAACUUUGCAAGCCCCUUGGCUUCAGAUGGGGACAAAAAGCUGGCAGUAUUAUGCUACCGAUGUCUAUCACUUCUCUACUUGCGGAUGUUUAAACUGAAGAAGGACCAUGCCAUGAAGUACUCCAGAUCACUGAUGGAAUAUUUUAAGCAAAAUGCUUCAAAAGUCGCCCAGAUACCAUCUCCGUGGGUAGGCAAUAGCAAGAACACUCCAUCCCCAGUGUCUCUCAGCAACGUCUCGCCCAUCAAUGCGAUGGGCAACUGUAACAACGGCCCAGUCACCAUCCCCCAGCGCAUUCACCACAUGGCCGCCAGCCAUGUCAACAUCACUAGCAAUGUGUUACAGGGCUAUGAACACUGGGACAUGGCCGACAAACUGACAAGAGAGAACAAAGAAUUCUUUGGUGAUCUGGACACACUGAUGGGGCCUCUGACCCAGCACAGCAGCAUGACCAAUCUUGUCCGCUAUGUUCGCCAGGGACUGUGUUGGCUGUGCAUCGACGCCCAUCUGUUGUAGUGGGUGCUCCUCCGUCUCCAGCAUCACCACCCAUCACUCUACCUCUACCAGAGCACCAACGGUCACUGGUAGAA